UUAAUAACCAAUACAACCUAAAACGCCAUUUUUUCGCAAAUUCCAAGAAAACGAGUAGGAUACUUAUUUUUUCUUAGAAAAACUAAUUUACUACUGCUUUAACCAAUUAGCAUGGCUAGUUUUGUUCGCGUAACUGACGAUGAAAACGACGAAGCAAUAGAAAUUCCAGCGGAAGAUGAUGGAGGAGAUCACGAUGGAACUCUGUUGUUAUCUUCGUUGAUUGCACAGUUUCCUGGUGCUUGCGGGCUGAAAUACCGUUCCGAAACUGGUGGAUUGAGAGGUGUUAGACUCGCAAGUGGUUGCCUUCAUCCGCCAAAUGGAUUCUGGGGAAAUACAACCUACAUUGUUAACUUUCCGAAAGAAUCAAAGAGGAAGGGUGAUGAAGAGAUUGAGAAUCCUGUAUCAACAAAGAUGAAGAAAGUGGAAACCCGAAGACCAAGUGACCUCAUUGUACUAGGAUUGCCUUGGAAAAGCACUGAAGAUGAUAUGAGAGAGUACUUUAAAAAGUUUGGUGACCUUAUCCUUGUGCAGGUCAAAAGAGAUCCUAGAUCGGGGCAGUCAAAGGGUUUCGGUUUUAUACGUUUCAAAGAUUACGAGUCACAGUUACGUUGUCUGGCAGAACGACACAGGAUUGAUGGAAGAUGGUGUGAGGUCAACUUACCCAACUCACAUAAUGAGAACAGUAAUGUGCCUACAAACAGAAAGAUAUUUGUUGCCCGUUGUACCGAAGAUAUCACCAAUGAAGAUCUCAAGGAGUAUUUUGAAGAGUACGGCGAGGUCAUCGAUACAUUUAUCCCUAAACCAUUCAGGGCAUUUGCUUUUGUCACAUUCGCUGACCCACAGGUUGCUCAGAGAAUGUGCGGAGAAGACCACAUAAUCAAAGGGGCGAGUGUCCAUAUCAGUAGUGCCGAGCCCAAGGGGAAGGAUGGUAACUUUCAAGGGGAAAGGCACAUGGGUGGUAGAGGGGGGAAACAGAGAAUGAGGGAGGACUCGGGUGGUAACUGGGGUCAGCCUAGUCCUCGCCAGCCAGAAAAUAUGGCUGUUGAACCAAAUAUGAACAAUAUUGGUAUGAACAUGUUGAGUUCUGCUAUGCUGGCAGCAGCUCAAGCUGUCUUUCAAGGGGCAUCAAAUCCAAAUGUGUCUGAAAAUUACCAGUUAGGGCCAGGGUUCGGGGGCACUCGGGACAGCCGUAGUGGUGGGGGAUAUUCCUCUGGUAAUUCAUGGGGUAGUGGGGAUAACCCGCAAAGCGGUCAGUCUAGUUAUUCAUCGUGGGGUAACAGGUCGGGUGGGGGUGGAGGCUAUAAUUCCAGUAGUUCUUCAACACAGUGGGGUCAGGGGUCUAGAGGAACAUGGAAUUAGAUGUUGCACAUGUUUGAAAGGGGGAUUUGUGGGUGGGAUAGGUAAUAUAUACAUUAAAGUAAAAAUUACAAUUGGCAAAUCUUAUAAGUAAUGCACUAUAGCAUAAUACAGCGAGCUCACGUCAUUUUAAAAUAAAUAAUACGAAGUUCCUAGGUAAAAAAAGGGAAAACGGUACUGAAUUUUUUUAAUGAAAAAUAUUUUGCAUGCUGAAGUUCCUUCUUUCAAUGCAAAUAAAGCAUUAUUUUCAUAAGAAUUUAAAAGCCAGACAUCAGAAAAUCUCUUUAAAGGACACUAGUUACUUGAUGUUUUUAUAUGGCCAUAUUUAUUAUCAGAUCAAUAAUCUAUCAAUUCUGUAAACUGUAUAGUCUUCUAAGUGUUUUCAAUGUGAUUUUUAGCUCACCUGAGCAGGAAGUGCUCAAAGGUGAGCUUUUGUGAUCACCCUGUGUCAGUCGUCGUCCGUCAUCCAUCCGUCCGUCGUCAAAAAUUUGACUGUUAACACUCUAGAGGUCACAGUUUUGGCCCAAACUUAAUGAAACCUGGUCAGAAUGUUACCCUCAAUAAAAUCUUGGACGAGUUCGAUAUUGGGUCAUCUGGGGUCAAAAACUAGGUCACCAGGUCAAAUCAAAGGAAUAGCUUGUUUACACUCUAGAGGUCACAAUUUGGGCCCAAUCUUAAUGAAACUUGGUCAGAAUGUUACCCUCAAUUAAAUCCUGGAUGAUUUCGAUAUUGGGUCAUCUAGGUUCAAAAACUAGGGCACCAGGUCAAAUCAUAGGAAAAGCUUAACACUCUAUAGAGGUCACAUUUUUGGCUCAAUCUUAAUGAAACUUGGUCAGAAUGUUACCCUCAAUAAAAUCUUGGACGAGUUCAAUAUUAGAUCAUCCGGGGUAAAAAACCAGGUCACCAGGUCAAAUCAAAGGAAAAGCUUGUUAACACUCUAGAGGUCACAAUUUGGGCCCAAUCUUAAUGAAACUUGGUCAGAAUGUUACCCUCAGUAAAGUCUUGGACACAUUUGAUAUUGGUUCAUCCAGGGUCAAAAACUAGGUCACCAGGUCAAAUCAAAGGAAGAGCUUGUCAACACUGUAGAGGCCAGAUUUAUGACUAUAUCUUCAUGAAACUUGGUCAGAAUGUUAAUCAUGAUGAUCUCAAGGUCCAGUUUGAAUCUGGGUCAUGUAGGAUAAAAAAUUAGGUCACCAGGUCAAAUCAAAGGGAAAGCUAGUUUACACUGUAGAGGCCACAUUUAUGACCAUAUCUUAAUGAAACUUGGUCAGAAUGUUAAUCUUGAUGAUCUAUAGGAUAAGUUUUAAUUUGGGUCAGGUGAGGUCAAAAACUAGGUCAAUUGGUCAAAUCAAAGGAAAAGCUUGUUAACGUUCUAGAGGCCACAUUUAUGACUGUAUAUUCAUGAAACUUAGUCAGAAUGUUAAUCUUGGUGAUUUUUAGGUCAAGUUCGAAUCUGGGUCAUGUUGGGUCAAAAACUAGGUCACCGGGUCAAAUUAAAGGAAAAGCUAUUGGCCACAUUUAUGACCAUGUCUAAAUGAAACUUGGUCAGAAUGUCAAUCUUGAUGAUCUUUAGGUCAAUAGGUCAGGUGAGUGAUACAGGGCCUUCAUGGCCCUCUUGUUACAGAAAAAAGGUAGAUAAAUGUUUGGGCUAUGUCUUUAAUUAAAUUUAAAAGUUUAACUGAUCUCAGCCUAUUAAAAUGUUGUGGCAUCCAUGGUAGGUUUGUAAUUCAUAGCUUCUGCAGACUUUUUUGAAAACUUUACACAUGUCUUAUCUGGCAUAAGAACUGUUUUCUGGUUCUUGUAAUGUAUCGUCAUAUCAGUGCAGUAACUCAAUAAGUGUAUAUGUAUUAUAUAAGCACUUAUUGAGUUAUUGCGCUGACAUGACGGUAUAUAGAUAUUAAAUAGUCCUGUAAAAUUCUGAUAAUGUAAUAUCUCUUUUUGGAAUCAGAAAGGCGUUAUACUCGAGUGGAAGGCCAUUUGUUUGAAGGUGUUUAAACUAAUAGGGGAACUGAAAAUAUUUGUUGAAGGGAUGAGGAAUGGGUUUAAGAGAGGGAAUGGUAGAAAGGGGGUCAGAAUGAGAUGCAUUGAAGAAAGGGUCUGAGAGGUCCUUAGUUGAUGGAUAAAGGGAGUGAAUAGAUUCCUUGAUUGUACAAAAAGUAAUAAGAGUGGCAGUACUGUAGAAAGGAGAGGCUAAAUCUGAACAGAUAGAAGGAGAAUAUUGAGAAACUCUUGAAUGUGAACAAUGUGUGAAACUCAUGAAAGAUGCACAAUGUUUGAUGACUUUGUUUUGGUAUCUCUUUGAAAAUGUCGAAAUGAAAAUGUUGAAUGAUUGUGACAUUUUGAAAGGUCAACUUAACGCUAAAAUAUACAAUAUAGGAUCUUAAGUAGAAACACUUACAACUUAAACAUCUGUACUGUUUAACUCUAAGUAUAAAGAAGUGAUAUAGGACAGAAGAAAGACUAUAGAUUCGUUUGUAUGUUGUUGUGAGCUGGUUAUAGUUAGAUGUUUUCGGACAGUUUUUAAUGUUCUGUUGAAAUUGUUUGAAGUAAGGUAAUUGAAUGAAAAGGGAUUCCUUUAAUUGAUUAUUAAUUCAUAUUGAAAUAACCCUAUUAAUACAAGAAAAUUUAUUUCAUCUGAAUCUUUAGGUAUUGCGACUAACCCACGCAUGGUAAUGAUAGAGUUUCGUGAAUAAAAAAAGUCAAAAUAUAAUCCAAACACUGCAACAGUUUCAUAUAUUUACACGAGACUUGAUCUUGCUACCAGAAGUACAGGCAUAUUUGUGUUUUGGCACAAGCCUCCUUCCCUUUUAGUAAAAUGUUGCAACAGAUUAUCUCUGUGAACAUUUACAGUUAUAAGUGGUAGCAAAAUGGGAUGUGUAACUUCUUUUAAUGGUAUCUUGUUUUGUUUUUUACCUUAAAAUGCUUUUCAGAAAUCAAAGACAGCUGUUGUUAUUUAUUAAUGAAAACAAUCGUUGUUAACAAAAUUUAGUAAAAUUACAUUUUGAUAGUAUCGAAUUUGUGGCAGAAAAGUAAAUACAGGAAAAGUUGGUUUUUCAGAAGUUUCAUGUCUUGAGUUAGUUGCUUUAAUGACCAGUUAUAAAAAGAUUAUUUGCAAAAAAGGGUAAUAUUUGGCUGGAGGUUGGGGUAAUAAAGAAUAUAGAAAAUAACUUACCUUUAAUUUGUGUUAUAUACACGUUAAAAUAGGGUUAUUUCGGAAAUUCAUGUUGUAAUCAUGACCAAGUCAUGUCCAUUUAAUUUUCAUACCAUUAAUGAAAUUGUUUUUGUAUUUGUUGUUUUACAUUGUAGUAAAAUUGGGAGAGAAUAAAACAUGUAGUAUGGAAGACGA